CUACAACAGUCUGACUAAAUCAAAAGAUGGUUAGUGUCUCCAGAAGUGCUCAUGUACCGCGGUUACACCGAUGUUACUAACAGAUCUAGACGCGCCGAAGAUGAUAGGUUCUUUCCAGAGAUGUAGCCGCGGCUGCUGCACACCUCCGUUACUUGGAAACCGUCAGAAAGUUUCUGCGGAAAGUUUUUCUCCUCGGAUGGAACAAGUUUAGAGACAAAGCGGUUGCCACGGGGCUGCUUUCUCCGGUGUUUUGUGAUGAUGGAGGAAGCCAGGCUCUGAGUGACACAAUGUCUUGGGGGGAGUUAAUUGAGCUCCGUGACCUGAGGCCAGACCAAGAGCGGAUAGAGCUGACAGCAGGCACACAAUCGCCCUGCUCACCCCCACGCCUGGAGAGAGCCAACGCCCUGAGGAUCAGCCCGGGGAAGGUCCCAGACCUGCUGAGCCGGGUGGGCAUCAUCAGGGUCCUGAGCAGCACUCAGGACCCACAGCUCACUGAGGAGAAGGGAGAGGGACACAACUUCCAGCCCUGCAGCCACGCUCAGCCCACGUGGUGUGACCUGUGUGGGGACUUCAUCUGGGGCCUGUAUAAGCAGAGCCUGCGGUGUGUCAAUUGUAGAUUCACGUGCCACUACCGCUGUCGGGCUCUGAUCCAGUUGGACUGCAGCUGGGACAGAGGCUCAGUGGCUGACCACACAUAUGUUGUGGAGCACACCAUAGAAACAGACACAAAUGUGGAUGAACAGAUUGAAUGGGGAAAGCAGGAGUUAAACACUGCAGAUUAUCAGCAGAAGGUGAAGGAAUACAACGCUCAAAUCAACAGCAAUCUGUUCAUGAACAUGAACAAGGAUGGUUCCUACACUGGCUUCAUAAAGGUACAGUUCAAGCUGGUGCGACCUGUUUCAGUUCCACCUCCUAAGAAAGGAGGUCACGAUGCUAGAGGGAGGCAGGCUAGCGGAGUAAAGCGUCGCACCUCUUUCUACUUGCCAAAGGAUGCAUCCAAGCACCUGCACAUAAGCUCACGCACUUCUGCUCGAGAGGUCAUUGAAGCUUUGUUGAAAAAGUUUACUGUGGUGGACAAUCCUGGCAAGUUUGCUUUGUUUGAGCGCAGCGAGCGUCAUGACCAAGUUUAUGUUCGCAAGGUAUCUGAUGAUGAGCAUCCCCUCCGUCUGCGUCUGUGUGCUGGACCCAAUGAGAAAGUUCUCAGCUUUGUUCUGAAAGAGAAUGAAACUGGAGAAGUCAAUUGGCAUGCCUUCUCCAUGCCUGAGUUAAAGAACUUCCUGCGCAUUCUGCAGCGUGAAGAGGAGGAGCAUGUCAAGCAGAUAGUUCAGCGGUACGCUCUAGCCCGCACUAAGAUGCGAGAGGCUCUGGCUGGCUCGACCCCAGGCUGAUGCAACUCUGCGCUCGGGGUUUAACAUGCACAUCUUGGCUGGACAAUCGCCUGAAGAUAACCAGUCAUCGCUGCAUCCAAAGAUCCCAGAUAAUACAAAUCAUUACGCCUCUUGGCUGAACGAGAGUGAGAAAGGGCGCAAGACAAUGAGAGAGAGCUGGCGCGAAUGUGCGUGUGAAAUGAUGCGAGAGAUGAGAAGUGCCUUACACCUGGAGAGUCUGAUGUGCCUGAGAGAAUGAGUUGUGAGAAGUGAAUACUGGCAGAUGAGACAGUGGUCAUAUCCAGUAAUGUCUUUUGCUAUUGGGUACCAUCUGAUUAUCCUGUGUGCCUCAGCUGUGUCACUUUAACUUU